UGUGUCUCUCUCCAUUUGUUAGUCAAGGCAAUGAUGAAGCUCAGGAGUAAAAGAGCACAGACAGAGGAGAUACUGGAAAGCUACUGAGAUCGACUGACAGGACAAAUUGUGAUUCCAGGAAUUCAUAUAGACGUUGUCCAAAGAUGGCUUCAAACUUCAACGACAUCAUCAAGCAGGGCUAUGUACGCAUGCGUAGUCGCAAUCUUGGGAUAUAUCGACGUUGCUGGUUAGUUUUCAAGAAGUCAUCCAGUAAAGGACCUCGUCGACUGGAAAAAUAUCCCGAUGAGAAGUCUGCCCACAUUAUAGCCUCUCCUAAGGUGACAGAAAUCAGCAACGUUAAGACUGUGACACGUCUGCCUCGUGAUACCAAGCGACAAGCAUUGGCCAUUGUAUUUAAUGAUGACACCUCACGGACUUUCACUUGUGAAUCAGAGGCGGAGGCAGAAGAGUGGUUUAAGACCCUGUCUAUCGAAUGUCUGGGAACACGGAUCAGUGACAUCAGAAUGGGAGAACCAGAUCUCCUCGCAGCUGGGAUACAACACACAGAACGUUUCAGUGUAUUCCUCCUACCCUGCCCCGAUUUGGACAUUUAUGGAGAGUUCAUGAUGCAGAUCACUCAUGAGAACAUUUACCUCUGGGACAUUCACAAUCCCCGAACCAAAUUGGUCACCUGGCCGCUUUGCUCCUUGCGACGGUAUGGACGUGAUGCCACUCGCUUUACCUUCGAAACAGGAAGGCUGGACACCGACACCGGUGAAGGUCUCUACAUAUUCAAGACCAGAGACGGAGAGCAGAUAUAUCAAAUGGUUCACUCUUCCACACUGGCAAUUGCUGAGCAGCACAAGAACGUUCUGCUGGAGGUGGAGAAAAAAAACAGACUGAUGUUUCAAGGCUCAGAAGCGAACACCUACCCAACCACCCCUAAAGCCAUUCUGCCCAGAUCAGCCUACUGGCACCAUAUUAUGGGAAGCCAGUUUGACACGGAUUCUGGCAAUGCUUCAGAAGAGCUGUUGCUGUCAACUUGUUUCCCUGCUGAAGGUGGUGCUUCUCUGUCCUCUGAAAACAUUCCUGCACAGUCCCAACCUGAUAUUAACUUAGGUUUCAAAAGACUCCAUACUAUCUUUCCAGGACAGUAACACAUUCACACACUACAGUGACUGUGAUUAAAUCUGCUCAAAUCAUAAUACUGCAAGUUGGUUCAUCAUCUUUUUUGAAGUUCAAUAGUUGUGGUUAUCUCACAAUUCAGGAGAAAUUUCAUGUCUGGUAAAUUUGUAAAAUCAGUUAAAAAAAAAGAAAAAUUGGGGAAAAAGAGUGUUGAUGAGUACUCGAUGAAAAACGUAUUCGUGUUCGUUCAUUUAUAAAAUGUGCAGUGGUGUAAGUGGGCCCGACCGUUCUGGAACGCCAUUCUGGUAUA